GGGGUGAUGGUGUUCUGGGUCAUGUGUCGCUGGUCCAGUUCUCUGUGGUUCUGGUCUUGUUCUGGAUGGUUCUAACCCAGGAUCCUGGAGAGUUGGGACCGGGAGAUGCAGAUCCUCGCUACUCCUCCAUAACAGACCUGCUGGAGAACAACCAGAAUCCUCAGAGGUUCUGCAUCUACUGUGAGUUGUUCCAGCCAGACCAUACUAAACACUGUAAAUUGUGUGAUGUGUGUGUGAGGGAUUACGACCACCACUGCCUGUUCCUGAACCGCUGUGUUGGCGGUGGCAACCACCGCCUCUUCAUCAUCUUUAUCCUCUCCAUGGCCACAGCACACCUCCUUUUCAUUGCCGUGGCAACUUACCACCUGUAUGUGGUCGUGGUGUCCCUUGAGGACCAGUCAUUGGUUAGGGCAGUAGCUGCACAGUUCUGGGUGGUCUCCUUGACGAUAAUGAACGUUCUGACAAUCCUUUGGGAGGUGUGGUUGUUGACGGAACAGUUUGACGCCAUCGCCAUUGGGACUACCACCUACUUCAAACCUACCUGCGAGACUCGGCCACGGUCGCUAGGACAACGCUGGACAACGGUGCUUACCUUCCUAUUGGAGGGGAGGAGACGGUUAGAUUAUGGACUCACGGGGGACAAGAUCUCCAUAGACAUUUAGAUAAUAUGGACUCUAAAACCUAUGGUGAAAUGAAGAACAAUGUAUAUUUUGUCAGUUUUCCAUUCUUAAAACCAGCUGGAUCUUCUAGCCUGUUGAGCUAAAGCCUAGGCAUUACCUCGGGAAGCAAAUACCGCUAUUAAACAUAUAACAAGUGGUGUGUAGACCAGAAUGAGUUCUAAGAGAUCUUAACAUUAGAGAUAACAUGUUACUUAGAUUGUCUUUUGAGAGUGCGGCCGUAAACAUGUCUGUUAAACAUUAUACUGGAACAUUCCUGCCGUUCAAAAGUUUGGGG